GAUGACAUAUGACAUCUGCGAACUGUCAAUUUUUUUGAGAGCUGUCGUUUUUGUUUAGUUAUCAAAUUUUUAAAACUUGGAAAUUAUUCUCCAGUUAUUUCAAUAAAUUAUUCAGUACGCUGAUUCAUGCAUCUAUUGCAAAUUAGAACAGUAACUUUUAUUGCGUGUUACUAAUUCAUUUUACUAUUCAAGACAGACGUGACACGUAUUCAUUUAGAGAUGUCCCAAGUGCACGAAUAUCGAGUGGCGAUGACUUGCGAAGGUUGUUCUGGUGCAGUAGAACGUGUGUUAGGGAAACAUAAAGAUAAGAUUGCAAACGUUGAAAUCAAUUUAAAGGAACAACAAGUAAAAGUAACUACGACUCUAUCAGCCAAUGAAGUUUUGGAACUUAUAAAGAAAACUGGAAAAAAUACUGAAUAUAUAACGUCUUACUAGACAACUUAUACCUUAUUGUAUUUUAUAUAUUAUUAAGAAAUUUGUUCAAAUAUUUUAUGUGUAUCUAAUGUCAUUUGUAAUGCCUACUAAAAAUAUUCCUUAUUUAUUUUUAAUAUUUAUAUUUAUUGCAGCUAAAUUUU